AUGGCCCCUUCACUUCUCGUGUUCUACUAUGGUCUAACCAUUUUCUUGGGCAGUGCCACUGUUUUCUCGUCACCGGUUUCUCUCCCACUCGUUCAUAGAGCACCUGCUUCGGGUGUUUCCAAACUUGAUAUAGUCCAACGUGGAAUCGGAUCUACGCCUAACAGGCCAAGGCGUGGUGCUAGGAUACGGAGAGGCGAUGUCACUCUCCAGGUCACGGUCGGAACGCCACCCCAACACUUUCUGGUGACAGCUGACACCGGAAGCUCUGACUUCUGGAUUGGUGGCCCAGGGAGCUACGGCAUGUCCCAGACAUUUGACCCAACAUCUUCGAGCUCGUACGAAGACAAGAACGAGCCCGUCUACAUUCGAUACGGAUUGGGAUCGUUCACUGGCACUGUGGGCAUAGACACUGUUACCGUUGCUGGCUUCACCAUUCCUGAGGCCGUUGUCGAGACGGGUCUCUCAACGUCCACCGCCUUCGGCUUCUCCGAUAUGUCAGGCAUAAUGGGGUUUGCGUGGGGUCAGCUGUCAUCCUCGGGGCUCCAGACCUUCACGGAGCAACUAGUCUCGCAGAACAUGCUGGCGGAGAACAAGUUUAGCGUCUAUCUGGGACGUGCCCUCAACAACCUCACGCCCGAUCAAGCAGCUUCAAAUGGCACGAUGCCUGCCGGCUCACUCACGUUUGGUGGAGUGGACAGCUCAACGUACACAGGCGACAUCGAUUACUUCCCCAUCGUGGCUGAACUGCACUGGGUAGUUCAAGCUGAUGGAAUAUCCGUGAACGGCCAAGUAGUACCCGACACUAACGGAAUCCAGGCUAUGAUGGACACAGGAACAGAUCUCGUUGUCAUGCCCGACAACAUGUUUGACGCGGUCAGCAAGGCCAUGGGUGCGACCGUCAUCCAAGGCGCCGCCUACGUCGACUGCAGCUCGAUGCCCACCAAUGUCGCGCUGCGCAUCCAAAGCAAGGAUUACCACUUCGCCCUCGAGGACCUUGUGCGCGGGGUUGUGGACAUUAACAGCAAGACCCUUUCCCAGGAGUUCGGUUUCAAGGAAGGCACGCAAGUUUGUAAGCUGGCGUGGGAGGGCGGCCAGGAUGACACCGAAGAUGGCCAGACUCCGAUGAUUAUCUUCGGCGAUUACUUUUUGAAGGCUUGGACGUCGGUCUAUGACAUUGACAACAAGCAGGUCGGGCUUGCGGCCGCAGCCCCGGCAUCCUCCCUCUCCACCAUGUCCGACGUUGUCAACUUUUACCUCAAGCUUCAAGGUGCGGACACCUCGUCCAAUUCUUCCACCAAGGCCACGGGCACCAGUUCUGCCGGUUCUUCUUCCGAAACCUCGGCGGCGGGUCGUGCUUCAGAUGGGCUCGGUGGCAUCCAGCUACUAACGCUAAUCAUGUCGUUACUCGGAGCCGCCUUGCUAUCAUGCCAUCUGGUUUAA